UCUGUCAUGCCUACUGAUCAAAACGUAUCAAAAUCAUAUCUUUUUUGGAGGUUUUUUGUAAUAUAUCACAGAAUCCUUUUUUUUAUAAAUAAAUUUUUAUUUUAUACCUGCAUUAAAUAAGUUAGCACAAGUGUUCAUAAUGAAGUUACCGUUCCAUAUAAUUAUAUCGCCGAUUCUGAAGCCAUAUUUCGGUCACACCAAAUUAUUUUGUCAACAUUCCACGUUUUCUGCUAGCAUCUUCUACACAUAUUUUUAUGGUGUUGUCGGUUUGUGCUUGAGUGUACAUAAUUUAAAGCUUCACUUAGGGGAAAUGCCGCUUGAUACUUCUGGUACUUCAGUUAAUCCUGUUUCUCGAGAUGCUAUGUUGGUGCAUGACCUCAAAAUUAUUGCGACAUCUCUGGGAUUGAUACAAUACGCAUGUUUGAUACUAGGAUGUUUCACUCUAAAUUCAACAAACACUGAAAGCAACGACGGUGUCCGGGUCAAACUGAGGGCGUUGCUAGUUGCACUUUUAGGCGUGUCUAUGUCCGCUUGUGCCUUCGCCUCACAGCCCGUGGAAUUGGAACUGGACGAUGAAGACGUCGCUCAAAAGCUUAAUAAUGUCAGCUUUGCUAGGCGCAUUACAAAACCAACAAUAAGAUUAGUCAUGGGGUACGGGAAAUUGAGUGCCUUCGUCACCGCUGCUACAUCCCUAUUGCUGCUGAUUGCCGUAAUGUCAAAGCGUUCAUGGUGUCGUCGUGGUGCCCGCUGGUUAGCCGCACCCGCGCUCCUCGUGACCGCGCUAGAAGCUACUUCCGACGCUAGCGACGCCAUACUAGCCGCUCUGUUGCGCGGAUCCGUCGAACCGUUGAGGAUCGCACUACAGACGGUGGCCGCUUGUAUACUGAUCACCGUGGAGAUUUUGGUUUGGUUUUUUAUCGCAAAAUUCUUUGAAUACAAUCCAUCUUUAACUCCGGACGAACCCAAGAAAGACGUUGUGAUUGAACCAAUUUCACAGUAAAGCAACUCGUUAUCAUGCAGAUAUUUUGAAUUAUAAUUUUACAAAAUAAACACAUUUCUCA